AAUGGGCACUUCCGGAGCGGCGAGACGCCUCCCCAUUGGGCUCGCGGCCCUGCGUGGGUGGGCGGCUCGGCCGGCGGCGCGCUGAUUGGCUGGGACUCCGCGCGGACCGGGAGGGGCCGGCGGCGCGAGGGGGCUCGCGGACCCAGGCUGCCGGGCGCACCGCGGUCCGGGAAGCAGCGGCGCAUGUGGGCGCUGCGCUCGCUGCGGGGGCUGCUCGGCGCGGCCGGGCGCGCCAUGUCGCAGGGCGCAGCCCGCCGGCCGCGGCCGCCGAAGGACCCGCUGCGGCACCUGCGCGCGCGGGAGAAGCGCGGCCCGUCGUGGGGGCCCGGGGGCCCGAACACCGUGUACCUGCAGGUGGUGGCGGCCGGCGGCCGGGAUGCAGGCGCCGCGCUCUACGUCUUCUCCGAGUUCAACCGGUAUCUCUUCAACUGCGGGGAAGGCGUCCAGCGACUCAUGCAGGAGCACAAGCUGAAGGUGUCUCGUUUGGACAACAUAUUCCUGACCCGAAUGCACUGGUCUAACGUUGGUGGGCUGUGUGGAAUGAUUCUUACUUUAAAGGAAACGGGGGUUCCCAAGUGUGUGCUUUCUGGACCUCCACAGCUGGAAAAGUACCUGGAAGCUAUCAAGAUAUUUUCUGGUCCAUUGAAAGGCAUAGACCUGGCCGUGCGGCCCCACUCUGCACCAGAGUACAAGGACGAGACCAUGACGGUCUUCCAGAUCCCCAUCCACAGUGAGCAGACGUGUGGGCAGCGGCAGCCGCCGCAGAGUCCGGAGAGGCUGAGUCCGGAGAGGCUGAGUCCGGAGAGGCUGAGUCCAGGGCAGCCUGCAGACGCGGCACCGGUGGAAGCGGUCCAGCGCCGGGCGGACGGUGUCGGCCAGAAAACGCCUAGCAGGGACCCCUCCUUGGUCGUAGCUUUUGUCUGUAAGCUCCACGUGAAGAAGGGGAACUUCUUGGUACUCAAAGCGAAGGAGCUGGGCCUCCCAGUCGGAACAGCCGCCAUUGCUCCCAUCAUCGCCGCCGUCAAGGACGGGAAAAGCAUCACUUUCGAAGGAAGAGAGAUUCUGCCUGAAGAGAUCUGCACCCCCCCGGACCCCGGGAUGGCUUUCGUCGUGGUGGAAUGUCCAGACGAAGGAUUCAUUCAGCCCCUCUGUGAGAACGCCGCCUUCCGGAGUUUCCAAGAAAAGGCCGAAGCCCCUGUGGCCCUGGUGGUCCACGUGGCCCCGGAGCACGUGCUCCUGGACGGCAGGUACCAGCAGUGGAUGGAGAGGUUUGGGCCCGACACCCAGCACCUGGUCCUGAACGAGAAUUGCGAGUCGGUCCACAACCUCCGCAGCCACAAGACUCAGACGCAGCUGGGCCUCAUCCACCCCGGCAUCUUCCCCCCGCUCGCCAGCCUCCGCCCACAGGUAGUGGUGCAGCCCAGUCCCUGGUGGCCCUCCCCCCCCCCCCCCCCCCCCGCUGUCCCCCACAGACUGUGCUCCGUCUCUCUCUGCCUCUUGCAGGAUGGAGGCGCCACCUCCCACGUGCCCAUCGUCCGUGGCCAGUGUCUCCUCAAGUACCAGCUCCGGCCCCGGCGAGAGUGGCAGAGGGAUGCCAUCGUGACCUGUGACCCUGAGGAAUUUAUUGCAGAGGCCCUGGAGCUCCCCCAUUUCCAGGAGAGCGUGCAGGAGUACAGGAGGACGGCACAGGGCGGCCCUGCCCCGGACGCAAGCAGCCGGUACCCGGAGGUGGUCUUCCUCGGGACGGGGUCCGCUAUCCCCAUGAAGCUCCGGAACGUCAGUGCCGCGCUGCUCAACGUCAGCUCCGACACGUCCCUGCUGCUGGACUGCGGGGAGGGCACCUUCGGGCAGCUGUGCCGCCACUACGGGGACGAUGUGGACCGGGUCCUGGGCACCCUGGCCGCCGUGUUCGUGUCCCACUUGCACGCGGACCACCACACGGGCUUGUUGAACAUCUUGCUGCAGAGAGCGCGCGCUCUGGCGUCGCUGGGGAAGCCGUGCCACCCCCUGCUCGUGGUGGCCCCCACCCAGCUCCGGGCCUGGCUGCAGCAGUACCACACCCAGUGCCAGGCGCUGCUGCACCACGUCAGUAUCAUUCCUGCUAAAUGCCUUCAGAAGGGAGCUGAGGUCUCCAGCCCCGAAGUGGGAAGGCUGAUUAGUUUGCUGCUGGAAACCUGUGGCUUGGAGGAGUUUCAGACCUGCCUGGUCCGGCACUGCAAGCACGCCUUCGGCUGUGCGCUGGUCCACACGUCCGGCUGGAAAGUGGUCUAUUCGGGGGACACCAUGCCCUGCGAGGCUCUGGUCCAGAUGGGGAAGGAUGCCACUCUCCUGAUCCACGAGGCCACUUUGGAGGAUGGUCUGGAAGAGGAAGCCUUGGAGAAGACACACAGCACCACCUCCCAGGCCAUCGGCGUAGGGAUGCGGAUGAACGCGCACUUCGUGAUGCUGAACCACUUCAGCCAGCGCUACGCCAAGGUCCCGCUCUUCAGCCCCGACUUCAACGAGAAAGUCGGCAUCGCCUUCGACCACAUGAAGGUCAGCCUGGGGGACCUCCCGACGGUGCCCAAGCUCAUGGCGCCGCUGAAGGCCCUGUUCGCCGGGGACCUGGAGGAGAUGGAGGAGCGGCGGGAGCGGCGGGAGCUGCGGCAGGUGCGGGCGGCCCUGCUCGCCGGGGAGGAGGCCGAGCCCCUGCGGAAACGGGCCCCCGCCGAGCAGCCCCCGAGCCCGCAGAGCAAGAAGGUCAGGGCUCAGUAGCUGCGCGGUGCCCGGGGGCACGCGGGGGCUGCAGAGCGGCUGCCGGCGGCGCUCCACCUUGCUGCGGCCACGCCGCCCCCUCUGUGCCCAGGCAGCCGGGUCCCGGGAGCGCUGGGCUGUGGACGGGGGCCAAGCUCCAGGCACGGCGAAGGGCGCGUUCCGAACCCCGGUGCUUCGUCCCGGUGCCGUCUCCGCGCUGCCGGGUACCCAGGAGGAGCUUGAUCGCAGCGGGGACCUGUGGAGCCCGUCCCCGGGAGCCCCCACCCCUCCGCGUCCUGGUUUGUGGCAGACGUCAAGCCGUGCACACUGAGCCGUGGCAGCUGGGCCGGCCUGUGCAGCGGCUCCGGGGAAGGCGGAGGCAGGCCGCUGGCUCUUGCCCCGUAAUGAAAGCGAGAGUCACCGUCCUACAGGGCUGAGAAACACCGCGUGGGGCCGCUCCGGUGCCCUCUGUUUGGGGAUGAGCACGGCUGAGGUUAGUGUUUGAAAAGUGCGCGAGUUUCACAGAAGCCUCUCGGAUUGGCACACGCUUCCCUCGCAGAACAGAGCAGCAGCUGAGAGACCGAGGACUCGCCGUGCCCUCAGGGUCCUCCCUGUGGCAGUGCCCUGCGUCAACUCCCGUGUCCCCACGAGCUUGUUAUUAAAACAAGAAGACAGGCCACGCUCAGGGAUAAUAAAUCUAUUUUAAUAACAUUACUUUUGACAACUAUUUGUACAUGUAUUUAAAGGUAACUUUCAACCCCCGGGCUCCGGUACAAAUUGGGUACUGAGCUGCCCUGCCAGGAUGCGAGCAAAGCCGUUAACGUCAAAAGUUUGCAAAUCCCGCCCGUCGGAGGGCUAUUUUACACUUUGUUGGGAAAAAUAACUAAAGCAUUUAAAUUUCUCAUUGUACACCUGUACACGGGUUUAGAUUGAAUGGCUCAAAUUAAACAAAUAUAGAUUUCAUAUAUACAAAUAUUAUAUCCUGUAUAGGUAUGUCUAUUUUAAAAGGAUAAAACUGUAAGGUUGGGCUUU